AUGGCCUUUCCCACUCCUCCUCCACCUCCGCCUCCUCCAAACCUUCGCUCCACCUUGGUGGGUGGUGAGUUUGAUCUGGAGACCAACUUCAUUAUCCAAGAUGCAGAGAGCAUCGGCUGCAUGGUGGAGCUGCUGGGCCACUGUGACGUCACCUGCCAGGCUGAGGUCUGGAGCAUGUUCACUGCUAUCCUUCGGAAAAGUGUUCGAAACCUGCAGACCAGCACUGAGGUGGGCCUCAUCCAGCAGGUGCUGCUCAGAAUGAGCUCCGUGGACGACAUGAUUGCAGACUUGCUAGUGGACAUGCUGGGAGUGCUGGCCAGCUACAGCAUCACAGUGAAGGAACUGAAAUUGCUCUUCAGCAUGCUCCGCGGAGAAGGCAACCUCUGGCCAAAGCAUGCCGUCAAAAUGUUGUCGGUGCUGAAUCAGAUGCCCCAGAGACACGGCCCCAAUGCCUUUUUCAACUUUCCUGGACGCAGUGCAGCGGCCAUUGCUUUACCUCCUAUUGCCAAGUGGCCUUAUCAGAAUGGGUUUACAUUCAAUACCUGGUUCAGGAUGGAUCCUUUGAAUAACAUCAAUGUUGACAAGGACAAACCAUAUCUCUACUGCUUUCGGACCAGCAAGGGCAUCGGGUACUCUGCACAUUUUGUCGGGAACUGCUUGAUCGUGACAUCACUGAAGUCAAAAGGGAAAGGUUUCCAGCAUUGUGUGAAGUAUGACUUUCAGCCCAGGAAGUGGUACAUGAUCAGUAUAGUUCACAUCUACAGCCGCUGGAGGAACAGUGAAAUCAGAUGCUAUGUUAACGGACAGCUCGUUUCUUAUGGAGACAUGGCAUGGCACGUCAACACAAAUGAUAGUUAUGAUAAGUGCUUCCUCGGGUCCUCAGAGACAGCCGACGCUAACAGGGUAUUCUGCGGGCAGCUAGGAGCCGUCUACGUGUUCAGUGAAGCCCUCAAUCCAGCACAGAUCUUUGCAAUUCAUCAGCUAGGACCAGGCUAUAAGAGCACUUUUAAGUUUAAGUCAGAGAGUGACAUUCACUUAGCAGAGCAUCACAAGCAGGUGUUGUAUGAUGGUAAGUUGGCCAGCUCCAUCGCCUUCACCUAUAAUGCCAAGGCCACUGACGCCCAGCUCUGCCUGCAGUCCUCGCCUAAAGAAAAUGCCUCCAUCUUUGUGCACUCACCGCACGCCCUUAUGCUACAGGAUGUAAAAGCCACAGGGACUCACUCCAUCCACAGUGCCAUCCACUCCAUUGGUGGGAUACAGGUGCUGUUCCCACUCUUCGCUCAGCUGGACUACCAUCAGCUGAAUGAUAGCCAGGUGGAACCCACUGUAUGUGCCACUCUCCUGGCCUUUCUGGUUGAGCUGCUCAAGAGCUCUGUGGCCAUGCAGGAGCAGAUGCUGGGAGGGAAGGGCUUCUUGGUGAUUGGAUACCUGCUAGAGAAGUCAUCACGUGCACACAUCACCAGGGCUGUAUUAGAGCAAUUCCUGUCCUUUGCUAAAUAUCUGGACAGCCUGGCACACGGGGCCCCCCUGCUGAAGCAGCUGUGUGACCACAUCCUGUUCAAUGCAGCCAUUUGGAUCCACACCCCUGCCAAGGUCCAGCUCUCUCUGUACACAUACCUUUCUGCAGAGUUCAUUGGCACGGCAACCAUCUACAACACAAUUCGUCGAGUGGGCACUGUGCUGCAGCUCAUGCAUACGCUAAAGUAUUACCACUGGGCCGUCAACCCUGCAGACAGCAGCGGAAUCACACCAAAGGGUCUCGAUGGUCCGAGGCCGACCCAAAAAGAAAUAGUUUCUCUUCGGGCAUUCAUGCUUCUCUUCCUCAAGCAACUCAUCCUGAAGGAUCGAGGUGUGAAGGAGGAUGAGCUGCAGAGCAUCCUGAACUAUUUGUUAACAAUGCACGAGGAUGAGAAUCUGCAUGAUGUGUUGCAGCUGGUGGUAGCCCUCAUGUCUGAGCACCCAGCCUCCAUGAUCCCUGCCUUUGACCAGAGAAAUGGAAUACGAGUAAUCUACAAGCUCAUGGCCUCGAAGAGUGAAAGCAUUCGAGUGCAAUCCCUCAAAGUCCUUGGCUACUUCCUCAAGCAUUUAGGCCACAAGAGGAAGGUGGAGAUCAUGCACACACACAGCCUCUUCACUCUGCUGGGAGAGAGGCUCAUGGUGCACACCAACACUGUGUCGGUGACGGUCUACAACACUCUGUACGAGAUUCUGACAGAGCAGGUGUGCACACAGGUAGUUCACAAACCUCAUCCCGAGCCCGACUCCUCCAUCAAGAUUCAGAACCCAAUGAUUCUCAAGGUGGUAGCCACCCUAUUGAAGAACUCCGCCCCCAGUACCGAGCUGAUGGAAGUUCGGAGGCUCUUCCUUUCAGACAUGAUCAAACUGUUUAGUAACAGCAGAGAGAACAGACGGUGCCUGCUUCAGUGCUCCGUAUGGCAGGACUGGAUGUUUUCUCUCUGCUUCAUCAACCCUAAGAACUCUGACGAGCAGAAGAUCACUGAGAUGGUCUACAACAUAUUCCGUAUUCUACUGUAUCAUGCCAUCAAGUAUGAGUGGGGAGGAUGGCGUGUGUGGGUGGACACGCUCUCUAUAGCCCACUCUAAGGUGACAUACGAGGCCCAUAAAGAGUACUUGGCUAAGAUGUAUGAAGAGUACCAGCGUCAGGAGGAGGAGAAUAUAAAAAAAGGAAAGAAGGGCUUUGUCAGCACCAUCUCUGGUCUAUCUGCACAGGCUUCUGGCAUCAAUGGUGUUGUUGAGAUCAGAGAAAUGGACGAUAACUCCAAUACACCUGAGAGUGAGAAGGACUAUGAGAGUGUGGACUCUCGCAUACUGCUGGCUGAGGGGAAGGGGCAUGAGGAGGGUAUGGUAGAUGGAGUCAGCGUCGGUGUUCAUGACCUUCUGGUGGACAUCAAGGCUGAGAAGGUGGAGGCUACAGAGGUAAAGCUAGAUGAUAUAGAAACUCUGGGAGUAUCUGAGAAUGGAGCACUGGUGGAAGUGGAUUCUCUGUUAGAUAGUGUUUAUUGUGCUGCUGCAAAAAAGCUCAGGGGCAGCGUGGAUGACCACAAUGCACACCCCCUCAUUACUCUAGAUGAUGACAAGGACAGUAUCCCUCACAGCAACUUUCUGUUUGGCAAGGUGGCAGGCAGCAUGGAAGACAAGCUUCUGCCUGAUCUGAGUACAGCUGAGCCUCUGGUCUUGCCAAGCACACAGCCCAGAGUCCACACCAGUGCCAGUGAUGAGCUGGGCCUUCUUGCCCACAUGACAGGCCGCUCUGAGCUUGGCUCCUUACCCAGCAUCCUGGAGAACGAUGAGUUUGAACUACAGGCAGCCAUCGAGGGCAUCAGCCCUGUGACUGGCUCUGAGAAUGAAGCCUCUUCCAAAAGCCCAGAGGUCACUGAAGGUACAGAUGGAGCAGAAACUGAAAGAAACUCCUCCAUUUUUAAAACCAGCAGUGCAGCAGAUACAACAAGCAACACUUCGGACACAGAGAAAUCCCACAACAGCAGAGACAAGGAUGCGAGGAAGAUUCAGACGACAGCCACCACACAGAGUCUACAUGGCCGUCUUGCCUCUUCGAUGGACAGGGACCUAUGUGCGGACAUUGGCUUCAGGGGGGCGCCCCUAACAGAGGAGCAGCGGCGGCAGUUCAGCCCCGGCCCACGCACUACCAUGUUCCGCAUCCCAGAGUUCAAAUGGUCAGCCAUGCACCAGAGACUGCUCACCGACCUGCUGUUUGCGCUGGAGAGUGACGUCCAUGUCUGGAGGAGCCACUCCACCAAAUCUGUCAUGGACUUUGUUAACAGCAAUGAGAACAUUAUUUUUGUCCACAACACCAUCCACCUCAUCUCACAAAUGGUAGACAACAUCAUAAUCGCCUGUGGAGGGAUCUUACCCCUUCUCUCAGCGGCAACCUCUCCCACUACGGAGUUGGAGAACAUCGAGGCAACACAGGGCAUGUCCUCUGAGACGGCCAUCACUUUCCUGUCCCGUCUCAUGGUGAUGGUAGACGUGUUGGUUUUCUCCAGCUCCCUGAACUUCAGUGAGAUCGAGGCGGAGAAGAACAUGUCCUCCGGCGGCCUGAUGCGUCAGUGCCUCAGACUUGUGUGUUGUGUGGCUGUUAGGAACUGUCUCGAAUGCAGGCAGAGACACAGAGACAGGGGAAAUAAGUCUUCCAUUCACAACAACAAGACUCAGGAAAUCCUGCAGAACGCUAUGACUUGCAACAAGGACCCUGAUCGCCUCCUGCAGGAUGUGGACAUCAAUCGGCUUCGCGCUGUGGUCUUCCGUGAUGUGGAUGACAGUAAGCAAGCCCAGUUCCUGGCUUUAGCUGUGGUAUACUUCAUCUCUGUCCUGAUGGUCUCCAAGUACCGCGACAUCCUGGAGCCCCAACGCGAGACGGCCAGAAUAAGCCAAUCAGGUCGCAGCAUGCGUCAGGAGAUCAACUCACCAACCAGCACAGAAACCCCCCUAGCAUUUGACAGCAGUAAAGACCACCUUGCACAAUCAGACCUCCACCUGGAGAGCUCCCUUCCCCACACAGACUCUGGUAUCGGAGAGGAGCAGGUAGCCAGCAUCACUAACGGCUCUGAUCUGGAGCACAGCACAGGAGUGCUCAUAUCUACCCUGUCCUCAGAGGUGAAGAGGUCUCAGGAGAGUCUGUCUGACUCUGAAACGCUGCUGAAACCCCCCUCCUCCAUCAUCAGCAUUAGCCAGCCCAAAAAGGGCAUCAAUGUGAAGGAGAUUCUGAAAAGCCUGGUGGCUUCUCCAGUUGAGGGCCUGGAGGCUGGGCUGGAGCCCCUGUCCUACCCGGACCCUGCUGCAAACCCCCAGGCCCAAGCCAUGCUGCCCAUGCAGUUCCACUCCUUUGACAGGAGUGUGGUGGUGCCUGUGAAGAAAACCUCCCCUGGCAGCCUAGCAGUUCACACAGGGGGAGGCAGUAGCAGCACCUCUGCUGGGCUGACAGCUGGCAGCACUCCCAACAUCUUUGCUGCUGCCUCUGCGACUCCCAAAAGCAUGAUCAACACCACAGCUUCUGGAGGAGCCACGGAUGCAGCCCCCUCUUCCUCCUCUUCCUCCAGUUUUGUGAACGGAGCCACCAGUAAGAAUCUCCCGGCCGUGCAGACGGUGGCACCCAUGCCUGAAGACACAGAAGAAAGCAUGAGCAUAACUACAAAGCUGGAGAGGGCCUUGGAGAAGGUGGCCCCCCUGCUGAGAGAGAUCUUCGUGGACUUUGCGCCCUUCCUGUCGCGCACCCUGCUGGGAAGCCAUGGGCAGGAGCUGCUCAUUGAAGGUCUGGUGUGUAUGAAGUCAAGCACCUCAGUGGUGGAGCUCGUCAUGCUGCUUUGCUCUCAGGAAUGGCAGAACUCCAUUCAGAAGAACGCUGGCCUGGCUUUCAUUGAGCUAAUCAACGAAGGACGGUUGCUGUGCCAUGCCAUGAAGGACCACAUAGUGCGGGUUGCCAACGAGGCCGAGUUCAUCCUGAACCGUCAGCGAGCAGAGGACGUCCACAAACAUGCAGAUUUCGAGUCCAACUGCGCCCAAUAUGCUGCUGACAGAAAAGAAGAAGAGAAGAUGUGCGAUCACCUGAUCAGUGCUGCUAAACACAGAGACCAUGUGACGGCCAACCAGUUAAAGCAGAAAAUCGUCAACAUCCUCACCAACAAGCACAGUGCCUGGGGGACCCUGGCCCAGAGUCAGCUGCACGACUUUUGGCGUCUCGACUACUGGGAAGAUGACCUGCGGCGGAGGCGGAGAUUUGUGAGAAAUCCAUUUGGCUCCACCCACUUAGAUGUCACAUGCAAGUCACUGCAGGAGUAUGGCACAGAGGAGGACGAGGUGGUCAAGUCUAAGAAAGUCUUCCGCAUCCAAACCGUGGCCAGCCAGAACCCCGAGACGGAGCUGAUGCUGGAGGGAGACGAAGAUGCCGUCAGCCUGCUGCAGGAGAAGGAGAUGGACAACAUGGGCGGUAAGUCAGCACAGCAGCACCUCCAUUAA